AUGUCCGUCUCUAUUCGAUAUGCGCGCUAUCUCCUCUUCGCCGUCGUGGGAUUGACGGUCUUCUUCGUGAUCUCCAAAUCCUCGAUCCCUCUCCCCAGCAUCCCAAGCACCACCUAUACCUCUCCUGCGGGCGAAACACCCCCGACCUAUGAUUCCUUUAAGUCGCAAAAACCACAAGUCCUUGGCACGAAUCGUGCCGGACGAGUAAAUGCCACCUUUGUCACCUUGGCUCGUAACUCCGACCUGUGGGAUAUGGUCAAGUCCAUCCGGACUGUCGAAGACCGUUUUAACCGUGAUUACAACUACGACUGGGUGUUCCUGAACGAUGAUGAAUUCGAUGAGGAGUUCAAGAAAGUGACUACCUCACUGGUUUCCGGUACCACCCACUAUGGCAAGAUUCCCGAGGAGCACUGGUCCUACCCGGAUUGGAUCGACCAGGACAAGGCCAAGGCCGCGCGCGAGGAGAUGGAUCGCAAGAAGAUCAUCUACGGUGGCUCUGAGAGUUAUCGCCACAUGUGCCGUUACGAGUCUGGAUUCUUCUUCCGUCACCCGCUUAUGAUGAACUACGAGUACUACUGGCGUGUCGAGCCCAGCAUUGAGCUCUUCUGUGACAUUCCCUCUGAUCCGUUCCGUUUCAUGAAGGAGAACAACAAGAAGUACAGUUUCGUCAUCAGUCUGUACGAGUAUAUUGAGACUAUUCCCACCCUGUGGGAUAGUGUGAAGAAGUUCACAGGCAACCAUCCCGAGUACAUUCCCGAGGGAAAUGCUAUGGAGUUUGUCAGUAGCGACAAUGGUGAAACCUACAACAAGUGUCACUUUUGGUCAAACUUCGAGAUUGGCAGUCUGGAGUGGCUCCGAUCCAAGGAAUACAUUGACUAUUUCACAUCUCUCGACAAGGAUGGCGGUUUCUUCUAUGAGCGCUGGGGCGACGCACCCGUGCACUCGAUUGCCGCCUCUCUGAUGCUGAAGAAGGAAGAGAUCCACUUCUGGAACGAGAUCGCCUACUACCAUGUCCCAUUCACGCAUUGUCCCACUGAGGAGCAAACUCGAUUGGACCUCAGAUGCUCCUGCAAGCCAAAGGAGAACUUUGACUGGAAAGAUUACUCUUGUACCAAGCGGUGGUUUGACAUUAACAAGAUGCAAAAGCCAGCAGGAUGGAACAAGAAGGAUGAUUGA